AGAAGGCGGUGGGAGAUCAAAAUGAGUGAGGGGAAAGGAUGCUUGUUUUUUUUCUUCUGAGGAGGCUGUGCUCAACUUGUCGAGUGCAUAAGAGACUCCCUGUGCGCGACCCUCUCAGCAUUCAGGACCAGAGUGCCAGGCGAUCCAACUAUUCUGCUGAUACUCGGGGCCCACUGGAGCUCAUCUUUCUACUUCCACUCUUGUCUGCACGUCUGAAUUUCCUUCAAGGGGAUCGCACAGGCUUUGUUUAAGCCGUGGGAGCCAGCGGGAGUUUGAUCAUGGCCGUGUCCCACGAGAGGAGUGUGCGUCUGGGGCUCUGGGUGCUCCUCUUGCUGGGAGCGGGCACGGUUGUGGACGCAUGCAGCUGCCACCCAGCUCACCCACAGCAGCUCUUCUGCAGCGCCGAGACGGUGAUCAGAGCAAAGAUUGCUGGGGAAAAGAUUGUGUCGCCUAGCAACAGCUCCUCCCCCUACAUGAAGAUGAUCCAAUAUGAAAUAAAGAUGAUCAAGAUGUUUAAAGGGUUCGACAAGGCCAAGGAUAUCCAGUAUGUGUACACUCCAGUCUUCUCCUCGCUGUGUGGAGUUAAAUUAGACUCCAACAAUAAAGCGGGCUAUCUGCUUUCAGGAAGUAUGUGGAGUGACGGGCGACUUUCCAUUGGCCAGUGUGACCUGGUGGAGUCCUGGGACAAUUUAUCACUCUCACAAAGGAAGAAUCUCAACUACAGAUACCAGAUGGGCUGUGAAUGCAGAAUCAACGUGUGCUACACGGUGCCGUGCGUGUCCACAGGAGAAAACGAAUGCUUGUGGACGGACUGGCUGCUGGAUAACAGCCUUAAUGGCGAGCAGGCACGGCAGUACGCGUGCAUUCGGCGCUCCGACACAACCUGCGGCUGGUACAGGGGUGGCCACGCCCCCGAGAAAGACUUCCUGGACAUGACCGACCCUUGACUGACUCAAGAUUCCAUCUCCAUCUGACCCAUGUGACACCUCCAGUCAGAGGGAUGUCCUGCUUUGGCUUAAUAGCUCAAAUGUGGAUGCUUAUGCUUAACAUAGCAACAACUGUUUACAAAGCUGUUUUAAAAAUGUUGCUUCAUUUCACAACAUCAAAAGUUCCUGACGCAAACUAAGUGGAUGCUUUGGUGGUCUCUGCUGCAAAAUGUCUAAAGACCAGCUUGUUAGAAAUGCUCAUUGGAAAAAGAAGACAUCACACAAUAAUUUAGAAUAGACUCAAAUGAUUCUUCUCCUCUCGUAGCUCUUUGUGAUAUCUUAUGACUCAGCUAAAUUUCUACGCUCACAGAAUCUUUAACAGUCAUUUUCUACAAAUAACACAAUGCUCGCUGCUAAAACAUUCUUGUAGCUUAACUCCACCAAUUUAAGUAGAAACUAAAACGCUUGGAAUGGUCAAAGCAAGUGAUAUGCCUUAUGAAGCUAUUAAAGCUAUUAAAGCCUGUAGUUUAAGGUAACCAUUUUGUUUUUAACAACAAUCUGCUCGCUUCUGGUUAUACUCUCCUAUCUCUUUUUUACCAGGCGGACCAGCUGGUUACAAACGCUGAAGAAAUCCCAUUUUAGUUGACAAUUUAAAAUGCUUCGUCUAUUUUAUUAAGUACUAAUUUAACACAGAUUUACAAUACACUGUACUUCAAAAUGCUUCGAUAAGAUCACAGCUUGACAAGCCUUAUCAAAAAGCCCUAAUGCACUUUGCUUUUCAAGACUUUUUAUGCGACUUAUUCCGAAUAGCCAACAUUAAAAAAAUGAAAUUUCCUGUUGCAGAAAAACCAUUACAUCCUUUUAUGACCUCUCGGUCUCUUUGACAGGCUGCUUAAGUCUCUUCAGCUGGGCCAGAAAAUCGGAGAAAAACAUUUGCCAACUAUUUGGCUUAAUUGCACCCGGUAAGUUUUUGAAUAAUAUUUAAAAGACUUAUUGUCAGCUCAGCAAUACCGGAGAGCUUUUGGGAUUUUUUUUUUUCGUAAAUUACUAUAGUCGCUGAUGGAACAGCUGCUAAAAAAAUCACACUCAAAUAAUUUACUUCAGAGCCAUCAUUUGCAUGAGGCUGACAGUUAACACGUUCCGUUUGACAGCAUAGUUAUUAUUAAUAUAAAAACGUCAAGCAUUCUGCUCGGGGAAAUCACACGUGGGCCACAAUUAGUGCCAGACUCGUAUUACUUACCACUAUGAUGGAACUGCCCCCAUGCAAAUGAACAUAGACUGUAUAUAAAAGAAAUCAAAAUUAUGUACGAAAACCGCUCUGGUGAUUGUAAAUAAUGACUUCAGCCUUAAAAUGUUAGAAAUCACAGACUUUUACUUUGAUAGCUAGACGCGAUUUAUUCAACAUCUUUUAAUUUCACUUAGUUUGCUAUUUAAAUUGUAACACAAAAGAUAUUAAUUAGCACAAAUUAAACUACCUAAUCAGCUACUGUAUCAAGCCCAAGCCACCAAUCAAGUAUUACAACACAAUAAGCUCAUUUUACAAAUAUAUAUGAUUGUUGCAUGAUUUUGUUUGGUAUGUAUUAAUAAUUAACACACAAUAAUGAUGAUAAACUGUACGGUGUUAGUGUCAUGAAGCGCUGCAUGUUUUAUACUGAAGAAAUUGUUGCAGAUUUGUAUUUAUGUUUGUUUUUGUCGAAAUAGUGGUGUAAGUUUUUUUUUUGUAUUUUCAUGUACCAAAAAAAAAGAUUGUAUAUAAAAUGUUUAAAUGGA